CUAAGACACGGUGGCGGAUUUCAUACACAGCAGACCCCGGAUGCGAUUCGCCAUGGCGAUAUUGCCUGAGACUGCUGCUGAGGACUGCUCUGUGCAUUUCUAUUGGGGCAGUGCGGGCUCCUUGAGACCGUUGCCUGUGCGCGACGCCUUCGUCGCGGCCAUACUCUCCCAUGGAGAUGUGCAGAAGAUGCCAGCGCACCCCGAGGCUGGCGAGGCCAGUGAGGCCAGCGAGGGUGGCGCCAAAGAGUUGCAAGAGAUCCGGGCUCAGGUUGAGACAGUGCACCUGCAGAUCUGCGCAGAGGUCGUGUACCAUGAGCUCCGCCAUGGGCGCUGGCCUAAGGACGAGGAGAUCCAGUACGCAUUCGGUGCUUGCAAUCAGGCAUGCGUCGCGGUGUCGUUGAGGGAGUUGGCGACGGUGUCACGGUCUGCGGGCGUCGGCGACGUCGCGGCCGUGUGGGACCACCUCGGCGUUUCCGCCAUCACAUCCCUCGAGCGGCAGGGAUUCCAGUGCUUCCCGCGCACGAGCUGUCUAGCGGGUCUCUCCUGGGUGUGCUUCUUCCGCGCCGAGGGCACAGGCGAGGGGACCGGUGUUGGCUCCGUCGGUCCGCCAGACGGCCCGCUGGACCAAAACGUCUGCUUUCUGAAGGUCGAGGUCCCUCGGACCGGCAGGGCCGACCCCAAGGAUCCGGCGGUCGAGCCCGAGAUUUGCAGCUCCAUCUUCCGAGCCGCCUACGAGAAGGAAUGUGCGGAUGAGGUUCGCAUCGUCGUUCACUUCCUGGCGCCAGAGAGCCACGGCUGGGGCAAGAGUGCUCAGGCUGCCCGCCCAGGGCCGCACCAGGGGGCCCUGGGCAACAGCCUGCUGGACUUCGACGCGGAGUGGGAGAGAUUGCGCCCCGACGUCGCAGACAGGCUCAGGCCCGCCGUGCGGUUCGUGGAGGAGCUGGCGGUGGCCGUCAGCGUGGCCCACGCCAACCUCACUCGCUGCGCGUGGCCCACGUCCCCCGCCAGCCUGCAGACGCUCAGGCGCGUCGUCGGCAGCCCCGAGGCCGCCCUGGGCGGCCUCGUGCACUCCUGCGAGGUGGAGCUGCCCGUGGCGAGGCCCAGGGCGAAGGCGAGGGCGCGCGAGCUGCUGGCCAGGGAGCUUGAGGCCCUCGAGCCCGAGGAGGCCGAGCCGGCGCAGGGCCUCGCGCGCGGCGCCCGCCUCGGCGCGGAGGCGGCCGCGCAGGGCCUCGGGGCGCGGAGGCGCCUCGGGCCGCCGCGCAGGGUGCAGGACGGGGCCUUCGUGUGGGUCGCCCCCGACGCGCAGGCCGCGGGCUCCGGCGGCCGAGGCGGCAGCGGCCCACCGGGCCAGCGCGCCGAGGCCUGCCGCCGCCCGGGGGAGGAGGCGUCGCCGUUCUGGGCGCUCAUGCUCCUGCCCGAGGACAUCGACCCGGAGCGGUUCGCCUUCCUCGCCCAGCUCAGCCUGCUGUUCACGCCGCAGGGCGAGCUGGACCCAGAGCCGUACUUUGCGAUGUGCAGGGCGUCCGUCGCCCGCGCGGCGGCGCGGGCGAACCAGAAGCUGCUGCUGGAGCAGAUGGCCACGGAGCAGCGCCUCUCGGAGCUGCUGCACCCGGAUCUGCGCGCGGACGGUGUCUGCGACGACGACCUCACGCCUCAGAAAUUCCUGGACAGGGAGGAGAAGGUCACCAAGGCGGUGUCCUCCGAGGGCCCCGGCGAGGCGGACCGGGAGCGGGGGGGCGAGCACGCCGCCCGGGCGGAGCCCGGCUCGCUGGCGGGCGGCGCGGAGAGGGCGGAGAAGGAGAGGGAAAAGCAGGACAAGGAGAAGUCGGAGAAGGAGAAGCUUGGCGAGGGAGAGAAGGGCAAGUCCCAGCCACCUCGGAAGGCGCAGCCCGCUCGGAUGAAGCAGCUGGCGGAGCUGAUGCCGGACCUGGCCAAGGACUUCGACAACUCCGUCGAGGCGGUCCCCGCCGUGCCCGAGGAAGACCCGCGCUUCGUGAGGCUGCUGAGGUCACCAGAGGACCUGCACUGCAGACAGCAAAGCCAGGUGUCGGUCCCACUUGUCAAGUGCCUGCACCACUUCCGCAUCAUCAACUGGCUUGCCGGGGGCACUGCCGAGGGCUCCGAGAGAAACACGAGCGCUAAAGUAUCCUUCCAGCGCCAGCGCAAUGCCCAGCACAACGAGGCGGUCUCGGCGAUGUUCGAGAGAAAUCGUCUCCAGACCAGGCGCCGCGAUACAGUGUGGAUCCGGUACCAUGCGACCGACGGCGGCACGGACCUCUUCAUCCGGCCCCGUUAUGUCCGCGCCCAGGGGGACGGAGCGGUGGACCCAGUGGAGUUACAGCUCGACUUCUACGGGCUGCAGAAGCUGAGCGAGGAGCAGGAGGGGCUUAUUCGGCGAACUCUGGUGGCCCAGCUCGAGAAGCUGGCCAUCGCCAAGCUAUCGAUGCACACGCUGGAUCGUCAACAGGCAUCCCUGUCGGCCUCCGUGAUGGACUUCCUGUGCCCGCCGCAAGCGGGCCCGGGCAGGUCGCUGCUCGUGAGCAUCCCACCGCUGGAGCGCGGCAGGCUGCCGACGUACACCCAGUUUGUGCGGCGCGCCCUGCUGGGGCUGCUCGAGCCGCUCUCCGAGGAGGUCCAGCAGAAGCGCGACCGCCCGCCGCCGCUCUCCGCGCCCGAGGCCGCGGCGUCCGGCGGGGCGCAGGUGUCCCCGAGCAGGGGCGACGCGCGGCAGAGGCAGGACCGCCUGCCGCCCCGCUCCGGCAGCGACGCUGCGCCCGCGCAGCCGGUCAGGGCCGAGCCCGAAGAGGUGGACGACGCGAGAGCCGUGGCGGACGCGCAGAUGUCGCCGCAGAGGCGGGCGGCGGUGGGAGACGCGGCGCCACAGCCGCAGCCGACGCUCUCCUCGCGCUCCUUCAGCAUGAACAGCUCGCUGUCGGCCGCCGGCGUGGGCAGUGCUGUGCCGCAGGCGCGCGCGAGCUUCCUGUACAAGCGCAGGGCGAUGCGCCAGAUGAUCCACGACGCGAAGGGCUCGGAGAAGGUGAGGCACUUCGAAGGCCGCGUGGGCGACGGCGUCGCCCUGCUGCAGCUCUUCUUCGUGGACCCCGGCAGCGGCCUAGCGAUGGAGGAGGCCGGAGAUUCGCAGGCUGGCCCUGGCGUGGACGAGCAGGCCGGAGGACGGCACCGCCCAAAGCACACGCCGAUCGAGGAUGAUUGCGUGGUGCGGCAGGAUGGCCGCUUCCACCGGGUCGACUUCAAGAGGAUGACGCAGGAGGAUCGGUCCAGCACUGGCUACAUCCUCCUGGAUGUGUGGCCGAGAGCGAUGAGUGAAGAGCAGGCCUCGGAGCUAAUCAAGGAGAUUCAGGUUGCACUGGACCAGGCGAUGGCUGAACUCUACCUGCAGCUGACGCUACGACAGGCCACAGAGGUCUUGGACAGCGUGGGGCAGGCGGAGCCCGAGCAGUACCUCCAGGAGUUCUGCAAGCGGUGCGACGAGCUCCUGUACGACAUGCCCCAUCAGCAUCCCAGCUCGGUCUUCACGCACAGCCCGGAAGACAUUGCUGCCAGCCUGGCCGAUCCCGACCGCCUCCAGAGUCUGCCCUUGUGGGCCUUCGUGAAGAUCGUCGAGGGCCUGCAGGAGCUCCUCCUCCUGGCCGGGCAGUGCCGGGGCUCGAGGCCCGUGGUCGUCUUCCAGGCCGCCUCCGAGGCCGCGCAGGGGCAGCAGGAGGCCUCGAAGGACGGGAGGCAGGGCUCGAGCGAAUCGCCUGCCACGUCCGACGCGGAGGACGAGGCGCACGAAGAGUUCCGCCACUGGUUCGACGUGGAGGACAAGAUGUGGACCAUCCGGCUGCAGAAGUUCGUGCACUCCUCGCGCGGCGAGCGCAGCGCGAGCCCGUCGUCGCUGCUGCGAUGGCUGGAGCGCUCUCGCGCUCCAGGGCCCCGCUUCACCGUGAUGUGGGGGCCCACCAUGGGCAGGCUGCAGUCCCGGCUGCAGUGCCGGCGCCAGGAGCAGGCCAACCGGGGCCUGGGCGAGCCGAUGGAGGAGCUGGGCUUCGUCGAGCAGGUAGCCCGCGGCUGCCUGCGGCUGCCCCGCCGCCUGGACCAGCACCGGGUCGAGCAGGGCGGCUCCGCACGCCUGCGGAACCAGACGCUGGAGCAGUGGCGGGAGGCCGACGAGUGCAUCCGGGCGGAGCAGCUGUCCGAGCCGUUCUUGGCCAUCACGCUGGACUCGACCGGCGCGAGGAUACGCGGCGUGUCCGUGGAGGACCCCUCCCUGGUGCUGAAGGUCCAGUACUUCCUCGAGAGCCAGUUCCGCUGGGUCUGGGUGCGCACGCGCCUGCUGGAGCUGAUGUGCGGCUGCGAGACGGGUGGGUCGGCGGCGGCGAGCAACCUGCGCGGGGCGUUGCAGGGCGAGUUCCAGUGGCUCUUCGACCGGCCAGGCUCCCUGGCCCACUUGGCACGCGCGUCCGAUGCCUUCGAUGACCGACAUUCCAAGGACGAGGGCUCCGUGCACUCCACAGUCGCCGCGGUCGAGCGUGUGGCGAGCAGCUCCCCGUACACUGUCUUCGGACUCCCGAAGGCCGUGGCUGAGCGGCUGAUGCUUUCGGAGAUGGUUCCAGCGCCGUACUUGCUAUCGCUGGACGCGCAUCUGAUGAGGUGCCAGAGCGUGAACGACACGGACUCAGUGCUGGCGCGCAACUUCAAGGAGACGUCAUACGUCGCCGCUGUUGCGCAGAUUGGCGGCGCCGCAGCUGGCGGCGUCAGCCAGCCGCAGGCCGUCGUCACAGGCCGCGAUCGGACGACCGCGACUUGGACCUCGAAUUGCGCCGCGAGCAUGGUAUCUGGCCAGUCAGAGUCGGGGGAUCAGCCCCCAAGGAAGCCGCUGCACAGGGUGGGGACGGUGACCAGCGAGUCGAUGUCGGAGCUGUCUCAGCCAUACGGUCCCGGCCGACCCGGGCACGCGCCGCCGCAGCCGCACAUCGCCCGACAGCCGCAGUUGGCGGCGGCGAGGUGCCGGGAAAUCCCCGGCGUCAGGACGGCGGACUGUGUGCUGAAGGAGCUGUGCGAGCCGGAGGAGGCCACCGCCGUAGAGCCCGACGUCGUGGACCUGCUCGGCGGUCAGGCCCUGGUCACGGCCCUGUUCGAGACCAAGCGCCGCGGCGCGCGCCGCCCGCGCGGCAUCAGGACGCUGCGCUGGGUGCGCGCGCGGUGGCUGGCCGCGCCCCGGCUGGCCGCCCCCAGGCGCGAGACGCGCGAGACGCUGGUGGCGAAGCUGCGCUGGGUGCGCGCGCGGUGGCUCACCGCGCCUCGCCGUGCCGCGCCCCAGCGCGAGCUGCGCGAGACGCCGUUGCUGGACCCGCUGAGCGUGCACGGGGCCAGCUGGUUCGCGAACAUCAACGAGAGGAUGCGGCUGCACCGCUGGAAGCUCGUCGGCCGGCGGGUGCUGCAGGAGUGGGAGGAGCAGCGCGUGCCCCUCGCCGCGUGGGCGCGGGCGGCGGUGGCCGCCCACGCGCGCUCCCCGGACGCCGACGAGCAGCUGCGGGAGCUGGCGGAGGCGGCCGCGCGGCGCCAGAGCCGGGUCACGGUUCAGGACACGGAGGCCAUCGAGGGGGAGGUGCUGCUGCUGUCGCUGCUGCACCGGCACGCCACGCUGCUGGGCAGCGACUGGCACUCGCUGUUCGUGCGCCCCUACUGCGAGGCCCCCGACGCCGAGGGGCAGAGGGCCAGGGACCCGUCGGAGCGGGGCAGCGUCGCCGCCCCUGCCCCGCCGGAGCCCGGCGCCGAGGCACCCAAGUGGGGGCUGAAGGUGAAGUCCCGCAGUCUCAGCGAGAAGCUGAGUCAGGACACGCCUCUGCUGACCAUUCGGCAGCGCUUCCUGAGCAGCGUCUUGGCUGCCUUCCAGCGGCCCUCGGCCCUGACAGCAGAGGCGAGCGACGCGGACAUCGCCAGCGCGACCUCGGUCGCGUCUUGGGCGCUGGUGCUGUGCCUGGAGAACCCGCUGCCCUGGCACGACUGGGACGUCCUGGGAGAGGUCAAGGCGGGGCUGUGGCCGCAGACGCUGCUGUUGCACCGAACCCUGCCAGGCGCCGCAUCCUCGCUGCUCGCUGAGGUCUCGUGCCGCUCCAACGACAGCGUGUGCAUCGAGAUCUUCGCGCAGGAUGCUGGCGCGCCCGGCGCCAAGGAGGCCGCGGAGGAGAUCCUGUCGGCCAUCCACGACUUCUGCUUCGACUUCCAGAUGCGCUGCCUGACGGACUCGUGCCGGCCCGUGUCGCACGCCUACCAGUGCUCCGGCGCCCGCGCGCUGCUGGACGAGGGCUGGCUGGCGCGGGGGGACCGCAGGCACCCCCGGCGGGCCCGGAACCUCUACGUGCAGGGGGAGGUGCCUCCGACGAGGCUGGUGGAGUGGCUCGGGCUGCCCGGCGGCGGCGAGCUGGGCGCCGCGCUCGCGGGCCUGCAGGCGAAGGACCUUGUGAGCUUCAUGCACGAGACGGCGGCGCAGUACGGCUUCAAGUGCUCCGGCGAGGAGCACGAGCCGCUGCUGUCGAUGCACGCGGAGGACCACCGCUUCCUGCGGGCGCUCCGCCUGCACGCCGCCCGGCACGGCGCGCACCCGGAGGCGGGGCCCGAGGCCGCGCGGGAGCCCGCGCAGCUGGCGCAGGGCAUACGUUGCGUGCUUUUUGCCUGCCCCGUGUGCGAGAAGCCGAGCCGCGCGCGCACGGGGCGGUCUGGCACCCUGGGCUUCCGCUUCGCGGCCCUGCUGGUCGACCUGGCCUGGUGCACGCCACCGUGCGAGGCGGCCGCGGAGCACACGGCCGAGUGGGAGUCCUUGGAAGUCGCCCUCGCAGAUGCAGCCCAGGAUGCUUUGAAGGAGUUCGCCCGGCUCGCGGCCGUCCGCCUCGUCUUGAUGCGACGCUUCAAGCAGCUCUCGAAGCAACCCUCACUCUUCGAGCGCCGUGACAUGAGCGAGGUGCUCGCAAAUUGCGGGACGUCUCUAGACCUUUGUGAGGAUCCUUUCGUGGGCCGAACCUUCCAAGCCUUGCGGAGAGCAGGCCCUGCCUUCGACCCAGCUGCCUCGUGGCAGAGGCUGGGUGUUUAUCUGCGCAGCUCCGCCUUCAAGGGGAGGUGCAUCGAGUUCACGGGGCCUGUCGGGGAGAGGCGCGACUGCGCGUCCUCCACGGGAUCCCUCGAGGGCAGCUGGGAACAGCGACACCUACUCAUCGUUGCGCGCGGCGCCUUCGGCGUGGCGGACGAUCGCCGCGCCAUGUCGGAGGACAAGCGGUACGUCCUCCUGCACCUGAUGUGGGGCCGCUGGAGCAGCGAGGCGGCAUGGCCGCUGGAGGGGGCCUGGCUGCACUGCAGCCACCGGCUGCGCCAGGCCCGGCACGCCGCGGGGGGGCCGCCGCGGCCCGAGGAGCCGCGGGGGCUCUGCGCGUACGCCGACGAGUGGCCCGACGCGGAGCCCGGCCAGGGCGACCUGCGGCGCCCAGCCGCCGCCCUGCAGCCGACCCCGGGGCGGCCGGAGGCGCCACCAGCCUCCACGGCGGCGCGCCUCGGGACCGGCGGCGGGAGGACGAAGACCUCGCGGCCGCGGAAGCCGCUGUGGAUCUGCUGAUUCGGCGCUUCGCCGCGGUGCUGCUGGAGUUCGCCUUCGGGCGGCUGCAGGGCGGCGACGCUGCGGCCAGAGACGCCGAGCGGUGACGGCGGCCUGCCACCUCGGCUCGUGCGCGCGAGCGCCAGGGCGCGGGUGGAAAAGCAG